AAUGUGGUAGUUUCUGCCUCAGGCUGCAGAUAUUAUUGCUAUUGACGUCGUUCAACUUCAAGCAACUUCAAACCUGAGCAGAACUUGCCAACCACACAACCUCCCUCGCUUCUGCACUUAUGGACAUCUCUCACUUGAUUUUUGUUUCUCUCCUUACUUAUUUAAACGAGAUCUUGCCUCAGUCGGCUCUCGAUGCGAUUAAAGUCCACGAAAGUCCGGGAUAACCAUCUCUUUGUUUCAGACAUGAGUUUUGUAGAUACUUCAAUGUUGCGAGUUCACUAGAUCAUCUUGCUUACUUGGUUUCUCGCUUAACAUUUAACACAUAAAUAGCACAAAGGGUUUGAAUGUGGUCCUAAGGCUUCUACCGUGCUCGUGGAGUUUUCCGCUGGAUACCAACUUCUGUCAUCAAAAUGGAUAACCAGCCAAAAGUCGAAUUACUCCAAGCCGAGGUGGACGAAAACGACGAAAGCUUUUUCCGUCUUCUGGUUGAUGGUGUUUCUGUUAAAUAUAUCACCGUGGAACCAGGCAUCUACAUCGCUGAAGAUAUGUUUAUUCGGUCCUUCCCUCGUCUCCCUCUUGCCAGAAUUCCCCCCAGGAAACUGGAACGAUGGUCUCGUGGCCAAGGAUGGAAAGGACGGUCGGCCCUAUUUUGCGAGCUCCAACCUGACCGAAUUGCCUGGCGUUCAGAACACCUGGCAUGAAACCUAUGUCGACUACUUGGAGCUUUCGAUCGGACGGAAGUUACGAACGGGCAUUUAUGAAGCCAGAUGUUCGUUAUUCAAUGAGAUUGUCAUCGCCAAAUUCGCUCGCUUUCCCUGGGAGAUCCAAUACAUGGAGAAUGAGACCACAGCAUAUCAAUGGAUAUCCGGCCAUACAAUCGGGCCUCGAUUCCUUGGUCACUUGACUGAAAACGGUCGAGUGAUUGGGUUCUUGAUGGAACGCAUAACCGAUACACAGCAUGCUAGCCCUGAAGAUCUCGAAGCCUGCAGGGAGGUAUUGACUCGACUACAUGAUGUAGGAGUACGACACGGGGAUACGAAUCGAUUCAAUUUCCUUGUAUGCGAUUCGAAGGCUACGUUGAUCGAUUUCGACACGGCUCAGAAAUGUGACGAUCGGAACUUGCUUCUGCAGGAGUUGGAGAAUUUAACUGUGUGCCUCAACGAUCCGUCGGACAGAGGAGGUGGAGGUCUUCAUUAGAACAGAUUGCAUGCUGGCGCCAUGGUGGUCACUGUGCUUCUAAGCUGUUGGCUUAUCUUCUACAAUGGUUUAUCUCGGUACUGUGUGGUCUUUGCAGGUCCAGUCAAUUAUUUCCUAGCUAUGAACAUGUCUCCCUAGCCAGUAGGUCUUCAUUAUCAUAGUGAAAGUACUAGAUUCAAGACUGAGAAAGAAAUGUCAAAACGACAAACCGGCUAUCAUUAAAGGGACAAAAGGAGGGCG